AUGUACGCAAUAUAUUCCAGAUUUCAAGUUGACUUUCGAGCAUUUUGCAUCCAUCCUGGAGGAAGAGCAGUGCUCAACGAGAUAGAAAAGAACCUCAACCUAACUGAAUGGCACAUGGAGCCUUCAAGAAUGACUCUCUACAGGUUUGGUAAUACUUCUAGUAGUUCAUUGUGGUAUGAGCUGGCCUAUUCUGAGGCUAAGAGGAGGAUCGUUGAUCCAGCUAAGGAGAAGAAUCCUUUGAUGGAUGAGACUGAUGACUAUCCUGUUCAUGUGCCCAAAGCCUUAACUAGGGGUUCUUUAGCAGUAGUUAUCAAUUUCAAUUGGGGUUAUAUAUGUUAA